UUUGUCAACCAGAACUGAUGUGGUUGAAAUGAGAAGUGAAACUUCAGGGACGCCUUUAAAAGCUGCUGCUUAUCUAAGCGUAAAGCCCCAGACCUCAGUCCACCCAACCAUCUGACAAGCAGGCAGCGAAGGGGCAGAAGCACCUGGGCCUGUGCGAGGGCCCCUAUGGGACGAAGCCAAUGGAGAAGUUUCAGGCAGUGCUGGACUGGCACCUCAAGCACCACAGGGCGCUGAGCUAUGGCCUGGUGACCCUGCUGACGGCGGGCGGGGAGCGCAUCUUCUCCGCCGUGGUGUUCCAGUGCUCCUGCACCGCCGCCUGGAACAUGGCCUACGGCCUGGUCUUCCUGCUGGUGCCCGCGCUCGUGCUCUUCCUCCUGGGCUACGUCCUGAGCGCGCGCACGUGGCGCCUGGUGACCGGCUGCUGUCGCCGCGCGCGGGGCGCCCGCUGGAGAUGCUGCUCGGGGCUGCGCCGCGUCCGCGUGUGCGCGGAGCUGACCGUGGCCGCCGCAGUCGCGCCCCUCACCUGGGUGGCCGUGGCGCUGCUCGGGGGCUCCUUCUACGAGUGCGCGGCCAGCGGGAGCAGGGACGUGGCGCUGCACCUGUGCGGGGGCCAGGACGAAGACUGCCGCGCCCAGCUGCCGCUGGUGCCCUGCGGCAAGGCCGAGGCGGCCAAAGUGCAGGACUUCCUGCCGGUGCUCAGGGCGCAGUCACAGGUGACAGGCUGGCUCCUGAUAGCAGCUGUUAUCGUUGGCUUUCUGAUUUGUACCUGUGUCUCCCGAUGCCUAUCUCCAGUUAGUUUUCUGCAGCUGAAAUUCUGGAAAAUCUAUUUGGAAGAGGAGGAGAAGAUCCUUAAAAGCCAAGCCACAGAGCAUGCAACUGAAUUGGCAAAAGAGAAUGUUAAAUGUUUCUUUAAGCACUCACGUCCAAGACAAUUGAACACCCCAAGCAUUAAAGACUGGCAGCAAAUAUCUUCACUAUAUACUUUCAACCCAAAUGGCCAGUACUACAGCUUGUUGCACAAGUAUGUUAACAGAAAAGAGGAAUGUGACAGUAUCAGAUCUUCUGAAGGAGAUGCAGUGAUUCCUGUUCUUGGAUUUGUAGAUUCACCUGGUAUAACUAACUCUCCUCAGUUAUGACCUUAUGAAUGAAUAGAAAAAAAAGUUGUUUUGAAUUCUUGCUUCAUUUUAAAAAAAAUAAACACUGGUAAUGUUUA